AUGGACUCCAAUUUGAUUUCCAUCAAUUUGCCUCUCCGCCGGCGCGUGUUCUUUCUCAUGGACACAGCAUUUCUCGAGGAUUGUUUUUCCCUAAGCACGGACCCCGGAACGAGCUUGACGGAUCUUGAUGUGGUGGAGGCCACCACCUGCUUGCGUCAGGCGCACGCCGUUCUGAGCCAGGCAAAGGACAAAUUGGAGGCCCAGCCCACCGCGAACGGCACCACGGGCGUUACCGACCCUUCAGACGAUCGUGUGAUUUUUACGCUGUCAACCCUGAUGGAUCUUGUGCAGGCCGACCCACAAGGCUCGUCCUCAGGCAUGUGCAUCGCGUCGUCCGCACGGGCGCGUCAGGUCUGGGCCGUCCAGCUCGAUGCCCUCCUCUACGCCUUGGAAGACUCAAGUGACACCCGAAGGCUCUCCAACGAUACGGCGGAGGUCGUGAGAAAGGCAUUGUGCAGUUUGAUUGGUGUCUUUUAUUCAAAAGGAAUGGCAUAUUACUCCCGCAAAGAGACUGCGUCACUUCCACUCGAUGAGGGUAGCUUGAUGAAAUCCACUGAGGCCUUUUCGGGCGAUGAUAGUGGCGCAAAGGGCGGCGCGAUUGUGCGACUGACAUGGAGUCUGGCCUCGCCAGUUUUAGAAGACGUGUACAAACUUCUCACAUCCUGA